AAUGUGAGGGGAGUGGCAGGCUGAACAAAUGGACAAAGACUGCCUGUUCAACAUAUUCUGCUAACCUCACAUGUUCCUUCCUUGCUUGUCAUGGCGGUAACUGCAAUUCUCGAGAUUCUUGAUUUUAAGGCACUAUUGCUCUUCGUAGUGGCUUUUCUUUUAGUGGCAGACUACCUGAAGAACAGAAACCCACCGAAUUACCCACCAAGCCCUUUCUCUCUUCCACUUCUAGGAAACAUCUUCAACAUUGACUCCAAAGAGCCACAUAUAUAUCUGACACAGCUAGGCCAUGCCUACAACAAUAUCUUCAGUCUGCGAUUAGGAAGAGACAAAAUGGUCUUUAUUACUGGUUAUAAAAUGGUGAAGGAGGCCCUGAUGACUCAAGCUGAAAACUUCGUGGACCGGCCCUACAGUCCAUUGCUAGCACAAGUCUAUUCAGGCAAUGCUGGACUCUUCCUCAGUAAUGGUCAGAUGUGGAAGAAGCAACGGCAUUUUGCUCUGUCAACGCUGAGGAACUUUGGUUUGGGAAAGAAAACAAUGGAGCUGGCCAUCUGCGAAGAGAGUCGCUUCCUGCUGGAUGAGAUGGACAGACAGAAAGGAGCUGCCUUUGACCCAACAAUCCUGUUCAACAAUGCUGUUUCCAAUAUCAUCUGUCAAAUGGUUUUCGGUCAGAGAUUUGAUUAUGCUGACCAUCAAUUCAGGACAAUGCUAAAAUAUAUUUCUAAAAACAUUCAAAUAGAGGGCUCCAUUUGGGGGCAGCUCUAUGAAGCAUUUCCAGGCAUUAUGAAGCACCUUCCAGGUCCACACAAUGAAAUGUUCAGUAACUACAAGAUAUUACAUGCCUUCAUAAGAGAGUUUAUCAUCAAACACAAGGCUGAACUGGACCCCUCAGAGCCUCGGGACUACAUCGACAGCUUCCUUAUUGAAAUGAUGGAGAAGCCACAUGAAACAGCAGACGGUUUUGACGAACAGAACCUUGUUCCAUGUGUUCUAGACCUGUUUCUGGCCGGGACUGAAACUACAUCCACCACAUUAUGUUGGGGUCUCAUAUACCUCAUCACUUACCCAGAAGUACAAGAAAAUGUCCAUGAGGAGAUAGACAGAGUGAUUGGACGCUCACGGGAGCCGAGUAUAGCCGAUAAGGCCAACAUGCCCUUCACUGAGGCGGUCAUCCAUGAGAUUCUGAGAUUUGGAGAUAUUGUACCAAUGAAUGGCUUACGAGUGGCUGACAAAGACACAACCCUUGGAGAGUGCUUCAUCCCAAAGGGUACAGCAAUUAUGACCAUACUGCACUCUGUUCUCUUUGAUGAGAAUGAAUGGGAGACACCCUAUAAGUUUAAUCCAGGGCACUUUUUAGACAAGGAAGGCAAGUUUGUGAGGCGGGAUGCAUUCAUGCCAUUUUCUGCAGGAAAGAGGGUCUGUUUGGGGGAGCAGCUUGCUAGAAUUGAGCUCUUCUUAUUCUUUGUCAGUUUGUUCCAAAAAUUUCGAUUUUCAGCCGCAGAGGGUGAAAAGCUCAACCUCGAUGGAGUGAUAGGAGUAACACGCACCCCGCACCCCUUCAAGAUCCAUGCAACGGCACGCUGAACAAAUCAUAUUCACUUUGGAAAUCAACAAUAUUAUAAUCAAUUAUAUUUUACAUGUUUUACUUAAUAUGACAUUUGAUCUGUUUAAAUCUUUGAGAAAACAAAUCACUGGAGGUUAUGACCGUUUUUUCUGACUCACUUAAAUACAAAAGUUCAGCAAUUCAUGUUUGAUUAAAGGGUGCGUGAGAAAACAGCUUUAGUUCUCAUAUAUCAAACAUGCAUAAAUAUGCUUAGUAAUGCCUAGUAUACAAAAACCAGUGUUGGAUGAACAUUGUCCUAGUUCCAGGUGAAUAAUAAAAAAAAAAAAUAGAGAAAAGUUCAAGUUACACAUCACAGAAUCAUCUACCAUUUGGCACAGAUUUCAGAUUGUGGGGUCAGGUGAUGAAGUUCAUGUUUUAAAACUGAUCAUGCAUAGAGAGAGGUAUUAGACAGCAAAUAUAAGCAAGGUUUUGUCAUUAGAUUAAAUAAUUUGAAAUCAAUAUUCUCAUGUCACUAUGUUUAUGUGCUGAACUGUUUGUGUGCCCUCUCAAGGCUGAGGAAACAUUUCCUCAUCCACUUGUAUUGGCUCUAUUUUAGAUCAUUAAAUACAUAAUAUAAUAUAA